AUGGGUCGUGCUACAAACAAGGAUGCUGGCUUGAAGCGAGCUGCCAGCUCCUAUGGGGCCUUUUGUGCUCACGCUUCAGCUCAGGGGGUUUCCACCAAGUCACUCAGACGAUUGCGCUGCAAAACCAUAUGCAAGGAUUUGAAGUACCUGAAGGUGAAAUGGGACUCUAGCCAACAGUUUCGUGAGCACUGGAAGCUACAAGCGUCAAACGUGGCAGCAACCAAUGCUGUCAUGCGACAGGCUGUCAAACACGGCAGGGUUGAGUUUCAGAGCAUUGCUGAGAAGGAGCAGCCCAGUAAGCAAGAUGAGCUGGUUUCUGGGGAGUUUCACUAUGCUGCGCAAGUUUGGACGAUCAAGGGCUUGCUUGGGCAGGGUGGCAACGGCUCUGUGGUCAAGCUUGAGAGCAAGCAGACAGGGCUCUCGGUGGCAAUGAAGAUGCAGAAGCAGACCCUGAGUGAUGGUAAUGAGGUCUACCUGUUGGCAGAUGAAUUCCGGACUGGCAUGAUCAUGGAACUCGGCAACUGUGAUUUGCACUCCUGGCUUCAGCAGCACCACUUGGCAGUGCCCCCGGGCCCAAGCUUAAGCAGCCGUAAUGCACUGGCUGCUCAGCUUCUGUCUGGCCUUCACUUCUUGGCGGGGAAACGGCUUCUCCACUGUGAUGUAAAGACAAACAAUGUGGUGGUUUUCCUGGGUGAUUCCGUCUUAGUCAAGUGGGCUGACUUUGGCAGCACAAGGGAGAUGACUGAUGGUGGCCCAGGAGUUUUUGUUCUUGGUUCUGAGGUCUAUACUGUGGGGUACAGGCCUGUAGAGUUCCUGUCUGGGCACAACAAGAAGGUGCGUAUUACAUAUUCUGCGGACAUUUUUGCAUUCGGCUGUGUGCUCUACGACUGUUUUGCAGUGUGCGGCGGCUACCGACUCAUCUCGGACCCCAGCUUUUAUUUUGACAUGGAGAUCAAAAAGGCCUGCAGUGGACUUUGCUGUGAGGCCCAGCAACGCAUGAAGAGGCGCAUUCCAUAUGACCCAAGCCUAGUGGCCUUGAUCGGCAAAUGUUUGAGUCUUCCACAAGAGAGGGCCACAAUGGCUGAACUGCGGGAAUACUUUUUGUAG